UUCGAAGAAUUACAGGGUAAUUCGAACCACAACAAAGUUGGGGGACAAGUUGAAUGGGCCAAAGUGGACCUCUCCCUUUGCACCACUUGGUGAAUGAACAGAUGUCACACUCCAUCCCAGCCCUCGCCUCUUUGACUGACACAGCUGCAUUCCACUGCACCCAGAAAAAGAAGCAGCAGCUGGAGAAGAUGAAAGCAUCUCCCUUUACAUCAUCAUCCACAUCGCCGUCACAAAUUUCUUUGGCAGAUUCUCGCUCCACUUAUAUACGCGCUCGCUCUCCCUCCAUUUCCCAAUUCUCACCACCACACGCGUUUCCCCACCCGAUUUUUUUGCUCCGAUCGACAGCAACAGCAGCAACAUCAAGCACUUGGUACGCGCGUCAUGGUGGCCACGCUCUGCUCCACGGCCCUGCUGCUCGUCGUCGUCGCUCUGCUGUCGGCGUCCGGCGAUGGCGCGGCGGCAUUGGACGCGCAGGCCGCGUACUUGUCCCGGCUGAAGCAGGAGCUGGCCGGCCCGGCCAUGGCGCGCUGGGACUUCUCGUCGGCCACGCCGGUCGACUACUGCCGGUUCUCGGGCGUGGUUUGUGACGGGAGAGAUGGCAACGUGACCGGCAUCGACCUCGCGUCGUGGCGGCUCGCCGGCAGGCUCCCGCCCGGCAUCUGCGCGGCGCUGCCGGCGCUCCGGGACCUCGUGCUCGCCUUCAACGACAUCCGAGGCGGCUUCCCGGCGGGCCUAUUGAAUUGUUCGUCGCUCGAGACGCUCAACCUCAGCUUCGCCGCCGUGUCGGGCGCGCUGCCGGACCUGUCCCCGAUGCGGGCGCUCCGGGUGCUCGACCUGUCCGACAACCUCUUCUCCGGCGCGUUCCCGGCGGCGUCCCUCGCCGGCAUGGCCUCGCUGGAGGUGAUCAACUUCAACGAGAACCCCGGGUUCGACGUCUGGCGCCCGCCGGAGGCGCUCACGCGGCUGCGCCGCCUCCGCGUGCUCAUCCUGUCCACCACCUCCAUGCGCGGCGGCGUGCCGGCGUGGCUCGGCAACAUGACGUCGCUCACCGACCUCGAGCUCAGCGGCAACUCCCUCACCGGCCGCAUCCCGGCGUCGCUCGGCCGCCUCGCCAACCUCGAGUUCCUCGAGCUCUACUACAACGACCUCGAGGGCGCCAUCCCCGACGAGCUCGGCAACCUCACGCGCCUCGCCGACGUCGACUUCUCCGAGAACCGCCUCGACGGCGCCAUCCCGGACUCGUUCUGCGCUCUGCCGCGCCUCCGCGUGCUGCAGCUCUACACCAACUUCCUCACCGGGCCCAUCCCGGCCGUGCUGGGGAACUCCACCCAGCUCGAGAUCCUCUCCGUGUACAAGAACCAGCUCACCGGCGAGCUCCCCGCCGACCUAGGCCGCUACUCCGACUUCAACGUGCUCGAGGUCUCCGAGAACCAGCUCACGGGCCCGCUGCCGCCGCACGCCUGCGCCAACGGUAAGCUCCAGUACAUCCUUGUCCUCAGCAACCUGCUCACCGGCACCAUCCCGGCAGCCUACGCCGACUGCUUGCCGCUGCUCCGGUUCCGCGUCAGCAACAACCACCUCGAGGGCGACGUGCCGCCCGGCAUCUUCGCGCUGCCGCACGCCUCCAUCGUCGACCUCUCGUACAACCAUUUCACCGGCUCGGUGCCCCCGUCCAUCGCCGGCGCCAAGAACCUCACCUCGCUGUUCGCGUCCGCCAACCGGCUGUCCGGCAUGCUCCCGCCGGAGAUCGCCGACGUCUGGGGCCUCGUGAAGAUCGACCUGAGCAACAACCUCAUCGCCGGCCCGAUCCCGGCGGCGAUGGGGAGGCUGGUCCGGCUGAACCAGCUGUCCCUGCAGGGGAACCGCCUGGACGGCCCCAUCCCUGAGACGCUCGCCGACCUUAGGAGCCUCAAUGUGCUGAACCUGUCGGAGAACGCGCUGUCGGGGCAGAUACCGGAGGCGCUGUGCGCGCUGCUGCCCAACUCGCUGGACUUCGCCGGCAACAACCUGUCGGGGCCGGUGCCGCCGGCGAUGAUCAAGGAGGGGCUGCUGGAGAGCGUGGCCGGCAACCCGGGGCUGUGCGUGGCGUUCCGGCUCAACCUGAGCGACACGGCGCUGCCGCUGUGCCAGAAGGGCGGGGAGAAGCGGGGGUUCGCCGGGAGCGCGUGGAUCGCCGGGGUGUGCUGCGUGGUGUGCGUGGUGGCAAUGCUGGCGCUGGCGCGACGGUGGGUGACGCGGCGGUGGGCGGCCAAGGACGGCGAGCAGGACGGGACGUCGUCGCCGGGGUCGAGGGGCGGCGGGGGGUCGUCGUACGACGUGACCAGCUUCCACAAGCUAAACUUCGACCAGCACGAGAUCGUGGAGGCGCUGAUCGACAAGAACAUCGUCGGGCACGGCGGCUCUGGCACGGUGUACAAGAUCGAGCUGAGCAGCGGCGAGCUGGUGGCCGUGAAGAAGCUCUGGGUGUCCUCCUCCAAGCAGCUGCGGCAGAAGCAGCAGCAGCAUCGCGGGCACGGCCGUGGCUACGGUGGCGGCGGCGGCGGCGAGGAGGACGACAGCCGCGAGCUGCGGACGGAGGUGGAGACGCUGGGCAGCAUCCGGCACAAGAACAUCGUGAAGCUCUACUGCUGCUACUCGGGCGCCGACUGCAACCUGCUGGUGUACGAGUACAUGCCCAACGGCAACCUGUGGGACGCGCUGCACGGCGGCGCCGGCGGCGGGUGGGGCGGCUUCGGGUUCCUCGACUGGCCGACGCGCCGCCGCGUGGCCAUCGGCGUGGCCCAGGGCCUGGCGUACCUGCACCACGACCUCAUGUUCGCCAUCGUGCACCGCGACGUCAAGUCGUCCAACAUCCUGCUCGACGCCGACUUCGAGCCCAAGGUGGCCGACUUCGGCAUCGCCAAGGUGCUCCAGGCGACCCGCGGCGGCGUGGGCGUCGGCGGAGACACCUCGUCCACCACCACCAUCGCCGGCACGUACGGGUACCUGGCCCCGGAGUACGCCUACUCGUCCAAGGCGACGACCAAGUGCGACGUGUACAGCUUCGGGGUGGUGCUGAUGGAGCUGGCCACGGGGAAGAAGCCGAUCGAGCCGGAGUUCGGGGAGACGAGGGACAUCGUGCAGUGGGUGACCGGCAAGGUGGCGGGCGCGGCGGAGGCGGAGGCGCUCGACAAGCGGCUCGCGUGGAGCCCCUUCAAAGACGAGAUGGUGCAGGCGAUGCGCGUGGCCGUCCGGUGCACCUGCAGCAUCCCCGGCCUCCGCCCCACCAUGGCCGACGUCGUCCAGAUGCUCGCCGAGUCCGGCCCGCCCCCCGGCAGCCGCUCCGCCAAAGACUUCUCCGGCCACAAACCCAAACCAGCUGAUAAUGAGGCCAUGUGACUAUGUGAGCCGUGCAACUCAAUCAAUUAACCAUCCAGUAAUUAGUAGUAGUAACAAAGAGUGAAUCAAGCGAUCAUCACACUGAUCCAAUUAAGCUAUUAUUAGGCGAAAUUAGUAGCAACUACAAUUGUAAUAGCACUACUGCUAGUACUGAUUAAGAAGAUGAUGAGAGCUAGUGGUGCAACUAAGGUAUUAUAGAGAGGUGAUUUUGAGGAUGGAUUGAUGCAAUUUAAGUUGCAAAGAUUGUUGGAUCUUGCACUAGAUUGAGUGAUAUAUAUAGAGUAUGUGCAUAGGUAAAUUAA